AAAAAUAUUAAACGUCCCGUAUUGGUCAAUAAAUAUCCAUGCAAUUCCCAAAGUGGAUCACUGCACCACCUACUACUUUCUUCUCAGGUACUAUAAAUCUUAAGAUUAAUCAAACGUACGUAAGCAAAAGAGAUGGCCCAAUUGCUGGAAGCAGAAGUCAAGAAGAUCGUUGGCUUUGCCGGAGACACUCUUCAGUCUCUUGGUGCUCAGUUUACUCCGUUGACUCCAGCUAUCAAAAAGCUGGAAGCACACGGUGGUGAGAUGGGAGAUGUAUGGGAUGAUGGUGCUCAUCAAGAUGUUAGAAAAGUAUAUAUAGGAAAAGCCCAAAAUGGUAUAGCAUUCGUCAAGUUUGAGUAUGUCAAUGGUUGUCAUGCGGUUGUUGGAGAUGAACAUGGAAACAAAACUCCACUAGGAGUUGAUGAGUUUGAGAUUGAUGCUGAUGACUACAUCGUAUAUGUAGAAGGUUACCGUGAGAAAGUUAAUGAAAUGCCCACAGAAAUGAUCACAUUUCUUUCAUUCAAGACUUACAAAGGCAAAACCAAUCAGCCUAUUGAGAGAAGACCUGGGACUAAGUUUGUGCUUCACGGUGGAAAAAUCGUUGGCUUUCAUGGACGUUCGAGCGACGUCCUAUACGCACUCGGGGCCUAUGUUUCUUCGGCGCCCUCCUCUUCUGUUGUCGGAAAGUGGAUAAAGGUGGAGCAAAAAGGAGAAGGUCCAGGGUUUAGAUGCUCGCAUGGCAUAGCACAGGUAGGAAACAAGAUUUACGCUUUUGGUGGGGAGCUCACACCAAAUCAGCCCAUCGACAAACACCUUUACGUCUUUGACCUCGAGACCCGUACUUGGUCCAUUUCUCCAGCUACCGGAGAGGUUCCUCACCUCUCUUGCUUAGGUGUCCGUAUGGUUGCAGUUGGAUCAACCCUCUAUGUCUUCGGAGGCCGAGACGCGUCACGGCAAUAUAACGGGUUCUACUCAUUUGACACGACCACGAAUGAGUGGAAACUUGUAACCCCGCUCGAAGAAGGUCCCACUCCUCGUAGUUUCCACUCGAUGGCAGCUGAUGAGAACAACGUUUACGUUUUCGGUGGAGUGGGUGCUACGGACCGGCUCAAGACACUAGACGCUUACAACAUCGCUGAUAAGAAGUGGGUGCAGUGUGCGACUCCAGGAGAAAACUUUAGCGUUAGAGGAGGAGCAGGGCUCGAAGUGGUGCAAGGGAAGGUAUGGGUUGUGUAUGGUUUCAACGGAUGUGAAGUUGACGAUGUUCAUUACUAUGAUCCUGUACAAGACAAGUGGACACAAGUGGAAACAUUCGGUGAGAGGCCUUCAGAAAGGAGUGUGUUCGCAAGUGCGGUUGUUGGGAAACACAUUCUUAUGUUUGGAGGUGAGAUUGCGAUGGACCCGCUAGCUCACGCGGGUCCGGGUCAGCUGGCCGAUGGAACUUUUUCUUUGGACACAGAGACGAUGAAAUGGGAGAGGUUGGAUAAGUUUGGUGAAGAGGAGGAGACUCCAAGUAGCAGAGGAUGGACCGCGUCAACAACAGGAACCAUUGAUGGUAAGAAAGGGCUUGUGAUGCAUGCUGGGAAAGCUCCAACCAAUGACCGGUUUGAUGAUCUCUUCUUUUACGGAAUUGAAUCUGGUUAACUAAUUAAAACGCGGUCUGAUGAUAACCGUUUGUGAUUUUAAGUAUGUGUGCAAUAAGGAAGGGUCGUGAAUUCGUGAUGAAUGACUAUGCCCAUAUAUGAUCCUUUGUCAGUUUGCUGUUUUCUUCUUUCUACAUGUUUGUUUCAUGUUUUGUGUGUAA